AUGGCUUCCAACAUGAGGUUAACCCCUUUGGCUGACUUAAAGCCAUUCAAGACUGGGUGGAAGGUGCAAGUGAAGGUGCUUCACACUUGGAAGCAAUACCAGACUAAGGGUGGAGAGUCUCUCGAAAUAAUUCUCGCAGAUGAAAUGGGUACCAAAAUUCACGCCACAGUCAAGAAAAACCUUUUGCAUCGUUCUGAGCGGUUGAUGGUUGUCGGUGAAUGGAAGUUCAUCGAGAACUUUUCGUUGAACCAGGCGUCCGAUGUUAUUGGACGAGUUGAAAGUGUACGUGAACUUGAAACAAUCCCUGUCAUGAACAAGGACACAAGCAAGCUUGAGUUCGACUUGUGUAAUGCGAAAGAUGAGCGCUUACCAUGCAUACUUUGGGGUAAAUUUGGCGAGCAAGUCUAUUCGGCUUGUCAGAAUGCUGGCAAACGUGGGGUCAUCAUUGUAAUCCGUUUUGGAAAAAUCAAUGUUUUGAGAGGUGAACGUCAAAUUACUAGUUCUUUUCAAACCUCUAAGGUGCUCAUAGAUCUUAACGAUCCAGAUGUCAUUUAUUUCAAAAAUAGUUUACCUGCAAAUGGCGGAAAUAUUACUUUCUUGAUUAGCAAGCCACAUCAGAGGAUUUCUUAUGAUGAUGAGAGUAAUUUUGAUCAGUUUCCAAUGGUGACUAUUGCUGAACUGCAAGAUUAUCUGGAGUGUGGGAAAAAGGUCUACAAAAUCCCAAAACGCGAAGACGAGAAAUUUUGUGAUAAAACUAAGAAGUUUUAUUCAUGUGAAACAUGUGAUGCCAAAGUUUCAUCUGUCAGUGCGAGAUACAAACUCCAUCUUUGUGUAAUGGACAACACAAGCAAGAUCAAAUGUUUUCUUUUUGAUUCAAAUGCAAAGGAUAUUGUUAACCAAUCUACUGAUGAAAUUUUAAAAGGGACAUACGAUGAGAUACAAGAUCCGGAUGUCGUUCCUGAUGCACUGCAAAACUUGGUUGGGAAGACCUUUCAUUUUCUAAUUUGUGUUGAGAAAGAAAAUCUCUACGGUGGUAGUAAUACAUACAAGGUCGGAAAGGUUUGGAAAGGAAAUCAGGUUUUGACUACCACCGUUGAUGAUGCGAAUGAAUCUGAAGAUGAGGGUGAUCAGAGUUUACUUAUGUCUGGCGAUCAGGCAUCACUGAUGAACACACAUAGCCAAGAGUCUUCGGAUGAUGUUUCUGGCAAUAUCAAAACUCCUUUAUCAAAGCGUGAGCGUGAUGAUCCUAAAGAUUCAGUCGACUCAUCCUCAUCGUCUAAGAAGUCAUAUAAUAGUAGCAAUAGUGUGGAAACGACAUAUGCUAAUGAAGUGAUUGAUGAGGAUACACUGAAGAGUGAUGGUGUUUUGGUGAACGCUCUAAUUACAAGUGAAUCCAAUGAAGGUGUUGCAAAGGGACGAACUCGAGGACGUGGUGGUGGUAAAGGUUUUGGCAAAGAGGGAGGAAAAAAUGGGAAGAUGUGA